AUGGGUCAAAUAGCCUUUCUUCCUUUACUCUCUCUAUUCUCUCGUCUGCCUCAAGUCUUUUUCCCUUGCCCCUUGGCAUUCCCCGACUUUUCCUUUCCUUUUCACAUUUUACACAUUUCACGUUAUAUACUUAUUUUCUUCGCACUUUACCUUUGUUUGUUUCUUUCUUUUUUUCUCUUCUACCUUUUCUUUCUUUUUCUUUCUUCUUCUCUACAUUUGUUUUUCUUUUUUCUUACUUUCUUCCGCUCUAUCUUUCCUUUUUCUUUCUUUCUUUCUUUCUUUCUUUCUUUCUUUCUUCUCUUCUACUUUUUCUUUCUUUCUUUCUUCUCUUCUACUUUUUCUUUCUUUCUUUCUUCUCUUCUACUUUUUCUUUCUUUCUUUCUUUCUUUCUUUCUUCUCUUCUACCUUUUUCUUUCUUUCUUCUCUUCUUUUUCUUUCUUUCUUUAUUUCUUCUCUUCUACUUUUUCUUUCUUUCUUUCUUUCUUUCUUCUCUUCUACUUUUUCUUUCUUUCUUUUCCUCUACCUUUCUUUUUCUAUCUCUUGCUCUACCUUUUCUUUUCUUUUUUUCUUUCUUUUCCUCUACUUUUCCUUUUUAUUCUUUCUUUAUUUCUUUUCCUCUACUUUUCCUUUUCUUUCUUUCUUUCUUUUCCUCUACUUUUCCUUUUCGUUCUUUCUACUUUUCUUUUUCGCUCUUUCUUUCUUUUCCUCUACUUUUCCUUUUCUUUCUUUCUUUCUUUUCCUCUACUUUUCCUUUUUGUUCUUUCUUUCUUUCUUUUCCUCUACUUUUCCUUUUCUUUCUUUCUUUCUUUUCCUCUACUUUUCCUUUUCAUUCUUUCUUUCUACUUUUCCUUUUCGCUCUUUCUUUCUUUUCCUCUACUUUUCCUUUUUGUUCUUUCUUUCUUUCUUUUCCUCUACUUUUCCUUUUCGCUCUUUCUUUCUUUCUUUUCCUCUACUUUUCCUUUUUGUUCUUUCUUUCUUUCUUUCUUUUCCUCUACUUUUCCUUUUCGUUCUUCCUUUUCCUCUACUUUUCCUUUUCGUUCUUUCUUUUCCUCUACUUUUCCUUUUCGUUCUUUCUUUUCCUCUACUUUUCCUUUUCGUUCUUUCUUUUCCUCUACUUUUCCUUUUCGUUCUUUCUUUCUUUCUACUUUUCCUUUUCGCUCUUUCUUUCUUUCUUUUCCUCUACUUUUCCUUUUCACUAUUUCUUUCUUUCUUUUCCUCUACUCUUCCAUUUCUUUCUUUCUUUCUUCUUCUCUCCUCUGUCUUUUCUUUCUUUCUUUCUCAUCUUUCUUUUUAUUUCUUUCCUUCUUUUCCUCUACCUUUCCUUUUCUUUCUUCUUCUCUCCUCUGUCUUUUCUUUCUUUCUUUCUUCUCUAUUUUCCUUUUUUCUUCUCCUUUAUCUUUCUUUCUUUCUUUUUUCAACUCUUCCUUUCUUUCUUCCCUCUCUUCCUUUCUUUCUUCCCUCCUUCUCUUUCUUCAUCGCCUUCUUUUCCUUUCCACUUGA